AUGCCCAGACCUACAGAAACUGCAAACCUUUAUGAACCUGAGAGCCUUGAUGAUUUCAGUGAUAUACUCGAAAACAACGAGAAAGUUGUAGUUUACUUUUACACUUCUGUCGAUUCUGAAUGCAAAAUCACAAAGCCUAUCAUCCGCAGUCUUGCUUAUAAAUACAAGGACAUCCUCUUCUUUUUGGUUAAUGUCGAUCGCCACGAGGACAUUGCUGAUGAAUAUGGAAAUAUUAAGAGGACGUAUGGAGGCUAUGCUCGUGUAUAUAGAAGGACCCCAAAGUCUAAAGUCGUGCUCUUCCAGCAUGGUCAAUCGAAGGCUGAAAUACACGGUUUUCAUCCUUAUGCAGAAUACGGUUCUAAUGCUUAUGACAUUUAUGAAAAAGAGAUCAGUACUACUUUUGCUUAA